AUGAAGGCAAUUCUCCAGCGCGUGCUCUCAGCCUCUGUCACGGUCGACAACCAGUUGGUGUCCUCCAUCGGCCAAGGCAUUCUCGUUUUGGCGGCGGUUGCCCCCGGCGACACGGCAAAGGAGGCUGAGGCUCUGGCAUCUAAAGUACUCAAGUUGAAACUGUGGGAUGAUGAAUCAGGAGGACGGUGGAAGAAAAGUGUCCAGGACAUCGGCGGCGAGGUAUUGUGCGUCUCUCAGUUCACCUUGCUUGCUUCUACCAAGAAGGGCAGCAAGCCCGACUUCCAUGGAGCCCUAGGCCCAGAUGAGGCAAAGACUUUGUAUGAUCUGUUCUACAGGAAGGUCCAGGAAGGCUAUACUGCAGACAGAGUCAAGAACGGUGUUUUCCAGGCGAUGAUGCAGGUCGCCUUGGUCAACGAUGGACCGGUCACCCUCGAGGUAUCGGCCACGCCGGCAGCGCAGCAGCAGCAGCAGAAGAAGAAGGAAGACCGAAAGGUUAAUCCAAAGCAGCAAAAGCAGCCGCCGUCGAUGACCAUGAAAGACGGCCAAACGGCGGCAGACAAGGCGCCUGAGUCCACAAAUCAAGUCUAG